AUGGCGGAUCUCAAGUCUACAUUCUUGAACGUCUAUUCCGUUCUCAAAUCCGAACUCCUCCACGACCCCGCUUUCGAGUUCUCCGAUGACGCUCGCCAAUGGGUCGACCGGAUGCUGGACUACAAUGUGCCAGGAGGAAAGUUGAACCGGGGACUGUCAGUCAUUGACAGCUACAGAUUGUUGAAAGAAGGACAAGCAUUAAAUGAUGACGAAAUUUUCCUUGCCAGUGCUCUUGGUUGGUGUAUUGAAUGGCUUCAGGCAUAUUUUCUUGUUCUCGAUGACAUUAUGGAUAAUUCUCACACACGUAGGGGUCAGCCAUGCUGGUAUAGAGUGCCCAAGGUUGGAAUGAUUGCAGCAAAUGAUGGAGUUUUACUAAGAAACCAUAUUUCACGUAUUCUUAAGAAACAUUUCAGGGGAAAGCCAUAUUAUGUUGAUCUUCUUGAUUUGUUUAAUGAGGUUGAGUUCCAGACUGCUUCAGGACAGAUGAUAGAUCUGAUCACCACACUGCAAGGAGAGAAAGACCUGUCCAAAUACACAUUAACACUGCAUCGGCGUAUUGUUCAGUAUAAGACUGCUUAUUAUUCAUUUUACCUCCCAGUUGCAUGUGCAUUGCUCAUGGCGGGUGAGAAUCUGGAUAACCAUGUUGAUGUAAAGAACAUUCUUGUUGAGAUGGGAACAUACUUUCAAGUACAGGAUGAUUAUUUGGAUUGUUUUGGGGAUCCUCAAACAGUUGGAAAGAUAGGUACAGAUAUUGAAGAUUUUAAAUGUUCUUGGUUAGUUGUUAAAGCAUUGGAACUUAGCAAUGAACAACAAAAGAAAGUUCUAUAUGACAACUACGGGAAGCCAGAUGCAGAAAAUGUUGCUAAAGUAAAGGCCCUGUAUAACGAGCUUAAUCUUCAGGGUGUAUUUGAGAAGUAUGAGAGCGGGAGCUAUGAGAAGCUUGUAACCUCCAUUGAAGCACAUCCUAGCAAAGCAGUUCAAGCUGUAUUGAAGUCCUUUUUGGCUAAAAUUUACAAAAGGCAGAAGUAG